AUUCGCCGUAUUUUCUUAACAAAACAAUAUUUAUACAAAAUUUAUGUUCAAUAACACUGUGUAAACCCAUAACUUAUUCAUAACUAUGACAGCAAGUAGAAAAAGCAAGAGUUGUGCUAAUUAUACGAUGAAGAAAGUAGCAGCCGAUCAUGGAAAGUUCCUAAAUAGGAUCACCAAAACGCUUUAUUAUGGAAAACUACCGAAUACUGAUCGUUUUAGUAUACCCAUGUCAGAAUUGGCAGUGGAGAUGUUCUCCGAAGCCCAUCGUGGCCACACUCUGCAAAGACUACAAAUGAACUCGGCUUGCAACAUAUCUCGAAAUGCCUGUGUCAACCCCUGCGCUCUCGUAUUGGCUAUGUUAUAUUUGGACAGACUACGUGAUUGCAACCCUGAAUAUGUGCGACAAGUAGCCCCCAGUGAACUAUUUCUUGUAUCUUUGAUGGUCUCUAGUAAGUUUUUGCAUGACGAUGGAGCUGAAGAUGAAGUAUUUUUACACGAAUGGGCUGUCUCAGGGGGUAUUACAGUAGCAGCCUUAAAACAACUAGAAAAAGACUUCCUAAAUGCAAUGGAUUGGAAAAUAUUUAUAUCAGACUCCAAAUUUUGGUCAGAGUUUGAACAUUUAGAGCAAAUUCUAGCCCUACGAGAGGCCAAUAAGAGAGGCUGGUUUACUUACUCAGAGCUAUCCCUUCUACUUCCUUCAAGCGACCUCGCCAAAUUAAUUCUCUGUGCCACCGGUAUCCUAACCGUUAGCUACAUAGCCAGUUUAAUUGUAAUGUUUGGAGCAGUCUUCAUCACUAGCCAAAUACCUGGAAAUGCAAUUAAGACUUAUAGUGAAAGCCAAGACAAGUCCUGGUCAAAUGAAACCUUUAAUCAAGACAUGGAAUUAGAUAGCAAAUUGGAUAUUGAUGUAAAUGAUUUAUUAGACUUCAAUUACACCUCUGAAUUACAAUUAGACAAAGAUUAUUUCCCCGAUGAUGUUAAUAGAUCUGCAAUUGACUCGAUUCUACUGGAGUAUAAGAAUUUAACUAAAUGUUUUGACCGGGAAAAACAAGAUUAUCGUCAUUUUAUUAGAACAGCUACUUGGUAUUCGAUAAUUUUUUGACUAACGUUUUUUUCUAGAUGCUGUCUUCCAUUUUGUAAUAAACUAAACACUUGAUAGAAAGAGGAACUUAUUUAGUUUACAUUCAA